AUGUCUUCGAGAAUAUGGCCAUCUAAUCGUGAACCUUAUCAUGGUGAUAUUGUUCAAGGUCGACUGGGAAACUGUUUUCUUAUUGCAUCACUUCAAGCACUAGCAUCAUGUCAGCCACAUCUACUAAAAUCAAUUAUUUCGACUUCUUCAUUGACCUGUUUCUUCUAUCGACAAGGUGAGCGCGUCGAAAUUCCAGUCAUAUUAGAACCAUUGUCGGAUCAAUAUCAAUACUGUCGUUCAACUAUGACGGAUGUGCAAUGGCCCUAUAUGAUUGAACAAGCUUAUGCUCGAUUCUAUGGAGACCGAUACGAAAAUUUGGCUGGAGGAAAUACAUCUGAAGCAAUGUAUGAUCUACUGGGGAAACCAGUCGAAGAAUUUGAGCCGAAUGCAACGGAUAUUUGGGAGAAGAUCGAAAAAGGUUUGAGUGAAAAAAACAUAUUGGUGACUUGUGGUGCCAUUGCAACGAAUGAAACUGCGACAGCAACCGUUACAAAUGGACUUGUAGUCAAUCAUGCCUAUGCAAUUUUGGCCACUUUUGUGUAUCAAAAGACACGAGAAAAGUUCGUUGUCAUUCAUAAUCCUCAUGGCAUCAAUCAUGUAUCAAAUGAAAAUAUUCCGGCACGAGAUGCAUUCUUCAAAAGUAUAUCGAAAAGUCGUCCACUAUGGUCCAACACACCAGGAACUCAAUUACUUGCAUGGUCUGAUUUAAAGCAAUCUUGUAAUCGUGUUCAGAUAUGUCAUCUGUCUGUUCAAUCUCAACAAACAUUAUUUGGUCAUUGGUCAUCGACAACUGAUGGUGGUUGUUCUAAUUAUGCGACGUUUUAUCGUAAUCCAUUCAUUCUUCUACCUUCUGCGUCUGUAAAGAAACUGACCGUAGUUCUUGGUCAUAUGGUUGAUCAACGACAUCAACGAACAACCGCAGAUGUGAAACUGAACUAUGCACAGAUUGGUAUCACUGUCGUUCAAUUGAAGUCUCAUCCGAUUUCUACUCAUGAUAAUUACGAAGUUGUCUGUCAAUCGAAAUUUUGGAAUAAACGUGAAGUGACUCUGGCCAUUGAUGUUGAAUCGAAACAAAAACAACAAUAUGCAAUCGUUCUGUCAACAUUCUAUCCAAACAUCCACAGUUCAUUCUGGAUACAAAUAUUUUCCCAGCAAUCACUGGCACCAUUAGAAUUACGAACAUGGACGAGUGCUUUUCAACAAACACCUCAAAGUCUACAAGGAGAAUGGCGUGGAGAGAAUGCUGGCGGCCGUAGAGUAAAAUCCAGUGCAACAACGUUCAAUCAAAAUCCUGCAUAUCUUCUCACACUAUCAGGUGCAUCUGCUGUUCGCAUCAUUCUUCAGCAAUUAUUUGAAGCAGACACUCCACUAGCUGAGCAUUAUCCCAUUGGUAUUUAUAUCGUUUCAAAAACAUUUGGCGAAGAUCCAGCAUUUGUUCGAGCUAGAUCUGUGUCGAGAUUAGUAAAUCUAAAGAGUGAGGAAGAAUAUUACAUCGUUCCAGCUUGUUUUGAACCGAAUUCGUUUGCUAAGUUUGCAGUUGAUGUUCUUUGCGACACACCAUUUACGCUCGAUUCUAUGGAAAGAAAAUUGCCGAUAGCGUUGCAGUUUGAAAAUAAAGUAUCCACACCUCCUUCAACAACAAGAAAACCAGUGACGACAACAACAACCACCAGAAGAGCCGUACCAAAAAGAACAACUAUGUCUUUUGCUGCCGCUCGGAUGUCUACCAUAGCAGAUGAAUAUUCAAAAAUGAAUGAUUGA